CAGAGAGAGAGAGAGAGAGAGAGAGAGAGAGAGAGAGAGAGAUUUUUGUGGGCAGUUUUUGUCGAGGCGAAAGAAAAGAAAAGAAAAUAUCUAUCUCCGUCUUGUUUGUUCGACAUGUCCGUACGACUGAACCCAAAUCUCAGACCUCUGAUGCCCGGACCCACAACCUCACGUGAUCGGUCACGUGACUUCUCCUCCACCGAAACCUCUCGGACAUUCCUCGUCCUCUGCUCCAAUCCCAAAUCGUCAUCGCCGUCGUCUCUGGUCUGCUCGCGUAAAUUCGAGAGGUUCGGAGGCGCAAAUUGGGCAAUCGCAGUUCGCCCCAAUGCUUGGAACCAACAAGAGGGAUCGUCUCUGCAGGAGCUCGACGAGUCGCCGGCGUCGGUGGAGCUUACACCCGUCUCCUCCGAGACCCAAUUCGAUCGCCUCAUCGCCGACGCUCACCAACUCGACGAAUCCCUCAUUUUUCUCUGGAUGGCAAGCUGGUGCAGAAAGUGUAUAUAUUUGAAACCCAAAUUGGAAAAGCUGGCAGCCGAUUACUAUCCAAGAUUGCGGUUCUACUGUGUUGAUGUUAACAUGGUUCCACAUAAGCUUGUUGCUCGUGCUGGUGUCACUAAAAUGCCAACUAUACAGCUCUGGAAGGACGGCAAGAAACAAGCUGAGGUUAUCGGUGGACACAAAGCGUAUUUAGUAAUUAAUGAAGUUCGUGAAAUGAUUGAAAAAGAGUGUGCAGUGUAAAUUUCGGUAUGCUAGGAAAGUUAUUUUCACAGUUUCAUUAGCUGAAAUCUUUUUUUUUUUUUUCUUUUUUUUAAUAUAUAUAUAUACUUUUCAAAGUAGAAAUAUAGAGGUAGACCUCUCCUUCCACCAACGUUUCUCAUGCUUUGAUGUUCAAGUCAAAUAGUCACUUUGUUAGAGCGACACCAAUCUAUCUCCCCCACCUUUAUUUUUUUUAUUUUUUUUAUUUUUUGUGCUGAGACUCAAUAAUUGCAUAAAAUCUCACCUCUUAUGCAUAUAGAAAAUUAGUGUAAAUGCUGAAUUGCAAAUUGGAAUAAACUUGGAUAUUAGUAUUAUGAA